GGCUCGAGCGCCAUGGCGCGCCCCGCCAGAGCGCGCGGCUGUGCGCCCGGGGUGGGCGCACGCGCUCGCGCGAUGCCCGCCCCUUCGGACAGCUCUGUCAGGAGGCUCCUCUGCCUCGGGGUGCUGCCGCUCCUGCUGCGCCGGGCCUCGGCGCAGUGCAGCUCCAUCGUGGAGCCGGUGACCGCCCUGGAGGGCGCGAUCUCCGCCCCCGACGUGCUGCGGGAUGGCACGUGCGCGUGGAUGCUGAUGGCCAGGGGUCACAACCAGUACGAGUCGCUGAAGCUGACGAACAACGGCGUCCGCCUGAUCGGGAGCUCUCGGCUGCUGCUCUGCUCGCCGCAGAUCGUCUACAACAUCAACGGGGAAGGGCAUGUCCAGUGCCACCAGCCGGAGGUCGCGCUGUACUCAGCUCUCAGCCCGAUGCCGUCCGAGAUCAGCAUCACGCACGUGGACCACGUGAUGAUCGUCUUCCCCACGGAUCCCGAGAACGGCACCGCGGUGCACAUCUCCUUCGAGUGGGUCGAGGCCGGAUUCACCAUGACGUUCUGGCCCAUCGCCAUUGUCAUUGGCAUAUCGCUGCUGGGCACCUGCGUCUCGGCAGCCCUCCUCUACCUCAUGUGCUUCAUCCGGGGCAGGAUACGGAACCGCAACUCGGCAAGCGGGACCCUGGUCGCACCGCGCUGGCCGAGGCGCAGCGGCAGCAGGAGAAGGAGCGACGCACCAUGGAGGCGCUGGGGGCCCUGCCCACCUGCACGUGGAAGGAGGAAGUGCAGGGCAACGAAGACCAUGCCGAGUGCUGCCUGUGUCUGGAGGCCUACGAGCCAGACCAGCCGAUCCGCACCCUGCCAUGCAAGCACUUUUUCCACCAGAACUGCAUCGACAACUGGUUCGCGGCACGCAAGUUCACGCUGCGCACCUGCCCGCUGUGCAAGCGCGACCCGGUCCCGAACCUCAACUGCGACGAGGAGGAGCAGGGGCAGCCCUCGGUCGCGCAGGAGGCCGUGGAAGGACCGCCGCCCGCGGCCGUGGCCGUGGCCGACGAGCCCAACAACCCGGACCAGCCACAGGCGACCGAAAUCGGGCGACACUUGGUCAUCGAGAUCUGAGGCGGAUUCUCGGAUGCUUGCUUUGUGUGCUCCGGUCAGCGCACUCUGUGUGUGUCUCUGCCUAUCUCACUCUCUCUCUCUCUCUUUCUAUGUCUCUGGUUUAUUUUCUCUCUCUCGGUCCUCUCGGUCCGCUCAUUCUGGCUGCCUCUAUCGGCAGGUCAUGUUUCACUUUCGAUGUAAUCCAACCAGUGAUGUAGAGCAUCACGUGCGCACGUUAUGCUCCAUGUCUUUCGAUGCUUGUAUCACGUCAGCGUCUCUUUCGGCCACAUGAACAUAACUGCAGGCAUAACGGGUGACAUGUACGUUACCAGUUUGCCUAUCUGCGAUCGUCACGGUCGCCACAAGUGCAACAGUGACCAUAAGUCGCCACCCCGCGAUGACCCUUUGCGCGAUGAAACCAAAUGGGGGGUGG